GGCAGGUAUAAGACGGGAAGCCAUCUCUUUUCUGUUCAUUUGAAGGGUCUCACUGAACCUCACACACGCUGUCUUUGAAGCAAUGGCAGAAGAUAACACCUUCCUGAAACGACUAUGCAUUGCUUUCAGUGUCAUAUAUGGGAUUUUAGGAGGCGUCACCCUGGGUAUUGGAAUCGUGGCAUCAAGCAGCGAUGAAGCUAAAGACUUUGACACCACUAACGGCAUCGUCAUUUGCUGUGUGAACGGAUCACUCGUCCUCCUGCUAGCGCUUCUGGGCGUCUUCGGCGUUUAUAAAGAGAAGAAGUGGGCACUGAGGGUGUAUACUGUCUUUCUGAUCCUUCACGCUAUUGGCUGCUUCAGAGUUCUACCCGCAAUGUCUGCUGUCCAAUCUGAGAUAAACGGUGCGGAGGAUCAAUUCAGAGAACUGACGCCACUGAAUCGGGCAGAUCAAAAGACCCAAAAAGCGAUCAACAAGCUGCAGACUGUGGCUGAAUGCUGCGGACUCUUGAGCUACGAAGACUGGACGGAUUCAAUCCCUCAAUCGUGCCACUGUCCGCCAGACUAUGAAGACAGGGCGUCAAAAUGCCAUAGAGUACAACAAUCGAGGGACAACUGGGCAUACUUGAAACAAUCAUAUGAUAGAGAUUCUGCAAUGUCGGAGGUGGAGGUGUACAAAGAAGUAAGCUUGUAUGAAGCCUGCAGUCGCUGCUGCCGCUUAGCCAACCACAUGAGCUGGGUCAGGAACAGGCGUUCCUGGUCAGUUUAGCGUCUCAUAAAUUACUGUUAAAUAGUGUAAAUCAUGGCUCCUAAGUGGCAUAUCAGGUUGAUAACAUUUAUUAUUUCGCAGAGGAUGUUGUAUCUGUGAGAUGUGCUAAUAGUUGUGGCUCUGUUUCCAAACUUGGGUGAACAUUAAGUACAUUUUUAACUUGGGCGAACAUUAAGUAUAUUUAUAACUUGAGCGAACAUUAAGUAUAUUUUUAACUUGAGUGAAUAUUUAAGUAUGUUUUUAACUUGGGUGAACAUUUAAGUAUAUUUUUGACUUGGGUGAACAUUAGUAUGUUUUUAACUUGGGUGAACAUUUAAGUAUAUUUUUGACUUGGGUGAACAUUAGUAUGUUUUUAAUUUGGGUGAACAUUAAGUAUAUUUUUGACUUGGGUGAACAUUAAGUAGAUUUUUAACUUGGAUGAACAUUAAGUAGAUUUUUAACUUGGAUGAACAUUAAGUAUAUUUUUAACUUGGGUGGACAUUAAGCAGAAUUUAAGGGGCUGUGGACAAUUGUUCUCCUUUUCUAUUAAUCUGCUUUCUUGCAGGUCCUUUCAACAAUUCUACACCUGACAUUCAAC